GACAUUUUAAUACGAUUUCUCGAAAUGUCAAAAAACGACACAAACUUUUGAUUGUCUUUACAUGAAAUGUGCUUUAUCACGGCGUGUAUUGCUACUGUUGGGAGAAACUUUUUGACCAAAAGCUCAAAUCCGGGCCACUCUCUUCAGUCUGUAGCGAAGAAGAACGCUUCAGAAAGAAUCUCACAUGCAGAUGUUGUUUAGGGGAGAGCAGCAGCUCUGCAUCUAUUCCAGGAAGGGAUCGAACUGCACCAUGCUUGGUUAAAUCACUGUGCGGAUGACCGAGUGUGAUUAAAGUUCUGGGUCAUAUUAUUACAAAGACCUCAUUAACUUUGACCAUUUCGGGGAAUCUACACAGAACCAAUCUAUUUGGAGUUUUGCUACGCUUUCGGACGUUGAAGAACCCCCCCCACACCCUGGUGUCUAAUGGUAGACUUUGCUGGGUCCAGAUCAGCGACUGACCACAGACUUGUGUCAUCGGGAUGUGUGAAGCUGAGAGACUGGGUAGCAUGUGUGUUAUUCCAGCGCAUGACUUUGUGAUCUGAAAACAGAAAAGACAACGGCUGUCUCUCUCGGAUCAAUUACAGAGAUAACUUGCUUGCGAGGACUCCUGGGGAAAAUGGAGGAGAGUUCAGGAGAUGCAAUUCCAACCAUGGAAGAAAAACCUCUGUCAGUUGCUGCAUUAGCGUCAAAAUUUAAACAAGAAACAAACAAUACCUUGGAAAAAAAUGAGAAGCCGCCCAAGCGACCAGUUCGUAAAAAGCCUCCUAGCUCUCUCCCAUUGUGUGGGAUGAAGAAUGACAUUGAGGCAGACCAUCAUGCAGAUGAGAAGUCAUCAGUUAAUGACUCAAACCGUCAACCAAAGUUGAAAUUGAAGACUUCCUCUCCUCUCAUUGAAAAACUCCAGGCCAAUUUGCUUCUCUCACCAACUGCUCUCUUACCUGGGGCUGGCCCAAAGAGUCCAUUAAAAUCUUCCUUCUCACCUUUUGCUAGUCCUGCUUCUACACCUGAUAGUCCUGGAGCACGCUCCCAAUCCAGUGAAUCUGAUGGAGGGCCAGUUACAGUAGACCAACCUGCAGAAAGAGGACCUUUGCACAGUCUGCACAAGAAUCGAGUACGUGUGUCUGUGAAACGACGCCCACCCAGCAGGAAAUUUCGAAGGUCGGUCACUGAAGAUGCAGCUAACUCUGACUCUCCAGAAACAGAUGCACCACCUAUGAAUGCAGAACCUGCACAGAAUGGAACACCAGAUGAAGAAAGCAAUGAUGUUUUUACUGAUCAGGGAGUUCAAACUGAAGAUACAACUUCGAAGAGUUCCCCUUCACCUGAAGAAGACUCUCUCCCCUCACCUAAAGAAUCUUCACCUGAACAGGCAUCCGAGAAAGAGCUCAAUCGCCUCUCAUCUUCUCAAAGCCAAGAAUCUGAAAUCUCUUCUGAUCUAAGCCAAUGUGAAUACCUUGAAGCCAAUGAUAUCACUACAAAAGAGAACGAGGAAUCUUCAAACAAGGACAGUGUGGCUUCUGUCAGCAGUGAUCACAACAUAGCAGGAAGUGAGACUGCAGAUUCUGAAACCUCUAAAGAAGAACCCAAAAUUGAUGAAGUAAAAGCAAAUGAUAUUCAGCAGCAGAACUCCAAAGCAGAGGAAAAUUCUCCUGCAGUCACUGAAGACUAAAGAUAUAUAUGACCAAAUCCAACUCGGUCCGCUCAAUAUUCAGUGGAGGCUGAUGGGUUUUCAAUGCAAACCCAUUUAUUUUGUGCCUGUGUAGGUGACAGGUGAAAGAAAACUGUUCUUCUUUCUGCGCGACUUUCAGCUCUUUUGUUUGCUAUGGUGUGUGCACAUUUCUGUAAUAGAUCCCCUGCACAUUGUGGUUACUUCUGUUCAUCAUGGGCUGGACUCAUUCACGGAUCUAUCCCAACUUAUUCUGGUAUCUCCAACAUGCACCAUGAUUCUGAAAAUUUCUCUUUUGGAUAAAUAUUUCAUUCUAACUGCACAUUACUGCAAUGAGUACCGAUUAAAUAAAAUAGCAUGGAAAUGUCAAAAAAGAAUUGUGUGCUUGACCUUACAAUUAGUCAGUACAGUUAGAUAUGCAUGUGCGAAAUAGUGGAUGUGAAACUUGUGCACAUGUGCUUAAUAUAAAAACAAAACAAAUGAAAUCAAAAAUGAUAAUCUUAGAUUGGGUGAAAUCAAAAGAGAAGAUUCUAAACCAACAGUAAUUAAUGCCAAUGAUUUAUUUAAAUGUCAAAAAGCCCCAAUUAGCCAGGUCCUUGAUGUUGCUGCCUUUCAGCUUUACUUCAGAAUGAGGCAUCUCUAAUAGACGAUGAUGUAGGGAUAGUUAGAUUUGUAUAUAUUAUGUUGUCCUGUCUUUAACUAGAUGCAUAUGCUGUGAUUUUUAAAUCUGCGUUAAACUGCUGCAUACUAAGGUAAGGGGUGUACUGACAUGCCAAGGUCCAGUUGCAUUCUAACUUGUAGACCAUGCUUCUAUGUUGGAGAUUGCCAUAUUUGGCCAAUGAAAUAGCUGAUCAGUUGGUGAGGCAGAGCGAGCAGGGUUGGAAUAGAGCCCAGUAGUUAGUGUAUGUCUUCAGGAUUUUGCUGGGUCCCAUCUGGUCUCUAACUUAAAUUCCAGCAGUUUGAUGGAGAGAACAAGCUUUGCUAAUCCUCUACUGAAGCUGUAGCUUAAAGUGGCCAAUCAUGGCUGGAAAAUAUCCAUUGCAAUCUAUCAAAUCAGGGCAGGGAAGGAAUUGAUAAGUCCCUGCUUCACUUUAACACUCUAGCGACACCCCAUACCCACCUCAAGCCUGGUUUCAACAUGACAUUGGAACUAAAACCAGGGAGAUGAGUAACUUAAAUUUCUGUAUUUCUUGUCUCAGAUAACAGAUGAAAUAAGUUUUGCUGUUUGCCUUUAUGAUUGAAAACAAAAUUCUUGUACUUCCUCAAUUUGAUUCAAAACUGCCACCAAUACAAGGCACUAUAUAUUACAAACAUAGAAAUGUUAGCUUCUGCAAAGCUUUAAUUCAGUUUUACACCAAAUUGCUCUGAACUCCUUUUUGAAUAGCUUCCUCUGAAUUCAUUUUCCUCAACUUCAUGGAUUUUGUUUCCUGUCUUGAGAAAGGUGUGCUGAGGUGCGCACAUACUGGGUGAUGUUAGCCAUUGGUGUAAAGAUCCAAUCUCUGUCCUUCCAGAAAUAGUUUAAGGCCAGACCAGGUAAGGAUGGCAAUUUCCUUCCCUGAAGGACAUUAGUGAACCAGGUGGGUGUUUUUUUUUUUGGACAAUCUAAAAUAGGUUCAUGGUCAUCAUUAGAUUCUUAAUUCCAGAUAUUUUUAUUGAAUACAAAUUCCACCAUCUGCAGUGGGAUUUGAACCUGGGUCUCCAGAGUAUUAUCUGGAUCUCUGGAUUAACAGUCCAGCAAUAUUACCACUAAGCCAUUGCCUCUCCCAUGCAUGAACAAUGAUCAGGAUUAUUUUAUUCAUUAAGAAAUAUCAUUAAAAGCAAUAUCUGGAUGUAAUAGACUUGUUAAUAUUUCAAAUGUGCAUUGUGUGGCAGCUUUCAGUGAAUUCAAUCACUGUGAAAUUAUGCCCGUCUGCUUGCCAGAAAGUACCAAUCAAUGCAGUCCCAUCUCAACUGAAUGUUUUCUAAAAAAUUUGGCAAAUAGGAAGACAAAACUGUUCAACAAGAUUAUAUGAACCAAAGAAUGCCAACUGAAAUGAUUGCAAGCUAUCAGUGGUCUCUUUUUGGACAGUUGGGCAAGAGCUAUUUGUGACUUUAUUCUAGAACAUAGAACAGUGCAGCACAGGACAGGCCCUUUGGCCCAUGAUGUUGUGCUGAGCUUUUACCCUAAUCCUAAGGUCUAUCUAACCUUCACCCCUACCUUAUUCUGGGUUAAGAGAACAGGUAAGAUGGAGUUUUCAUUCCAGUAAAUCUGUGGCGAGGAAAUAUCUGAUCUGUUUAUUCUAAUUUGAUAUACUGUAGGCUAUAUGAAAGAUUUAAAAUAUUGACAGAAUUGACUAAAAUCUCCUGGUGGAAAUAUAUUUAUGAGCACAUUGCCUCAUCAAAAUGUAUAUGCGAACAUGAGAAGAAUUUGGUUCAGUGGCAGCAAGAUAUUAGUCCUGUUUGGUACCUGCAAUGAUCUCUUGUUUCAUGUAGCCAUAGAAAUAUGUAUAACAGGAGCAUGGCCUUACUGUAAAUAACCCUCCUGUCAAGCUUUAUUGCCACACUCACUCGUUUCAACUGAUGACAAAAUUUUAUUUGACAUUGAAUAGCCUCUCAACAGAUUUCAAAAAUGCUAGCUUUAAAUUGUUCAACCAAGACACGUGAGUUUCUCGCUAGAGUUGCACCCAUGAUCAAAGCUCUUCAGAUGCGAGUUUAUCUUCAAUAGAAAUAAUGUUUAUGAGAUGAUUUAUAAUAAGGAAUCAACCACAGGACAAGCUUGAUCAGAGGAGCCCCAAAAGAUUCAAGAUUUUGGUAGCAUUGAUAAUAGAAAUAUGAUAAAUCAGUAAAUUACAAUACAUAUAGAAUGAUGAGCAAUAGGUCAGUAUUUGUACUGACCUUUAAUGAAAUUAAUUUUGUGUAUUUGUAUGGCAAAAAAACAACUAAAAUUGAUAACCCUAAUUUUUGCCUGGAUGAUCUAAACUGGAUGCCUUUUUACAAUGUUCAUAAUCUGCCCAUAUAUUUUCAAAGCUGAAUAUUACAGUGUGGAAAAAGUAAAGGAACUGUGCUCAACUUCUUACUUACAGUCACCAAGUAAAUCAAGCUUACUGAUUUUUAAGCUGGUUAAAUGUGAAGUUGUUAACCAGCCAUUACUUGGCCAAGGACAUUUCCUCCACUACCAGUUUGAUUUUAGUGCAAUUCAGUAAGUUGGUCCAAUUAAUGGAGAUGAUCUGAAUAAUGGACAAUGCUAUCUCUACCAAUGAUUCCUAAGUGAAAAGUUUCACGUAAUUUCUUCAUUAGUUUAAAACUGCUGUUAGGGACCUCAGAAGAUAAAUCCCUUAAUCACACCAAAAAGUAAACUUUUAAUGAGGUGAAAAUGCUAUGAGUGAGAUGGUGUCUCCUAGUAGAAACACUUAAUUUUCCUACUCCGGAAAUUAUUGCAUGACCUCGCAAUUGUAUCCUAAUGUAUAGCAUACAGUUCCAAUUCAUGGGUUUAGAUUUUUGAUAUGUGACACUUUUGAAUGACUGUGAAUGUGAAAUGCUCAAUAGAAUGAGGUAUAUGCUUGAAGUGUCUGCUUUCCAUUCUUCGUAAAUAUGUGGUGCGAAAAACACUGCUUUUGUAAGCUUUUAAGUGAAAAUAAAAAUGCAUUAUGAAAGUAAA